AUGUACAGUCCUCCUGAGGGAAAAUUCAGUAUCCCAAUCACCUUGUUUGAGGUAGGUAUGUGCUUGCCUACUACCGAUUUCUUCAACAUGAUAAUCUGGGAAUACGAGUUUUCAGCUGUUUUCCCUACCAUUCUUACUCUCAAACACUUCUUUAACACCUCCACUCAGUCGGGGACUCGAACCCUUUCUCGCUGCCAGGGAGUCCCUACUCUUAUCCAUGAUAAGAAAUCUAAGAAGAACUGCGUCACCAGUGAAGAUUGGUUUGACUGUUUCUUGGCCGCCGAUGGAACGAGUUCUGCUUGGAGGGGUCGUGGGAAGAUUCUUGAAUUCUUUUUUAAGAAAGAGGGUAUGGAGGAUACUAUUUCUUUAGAGAAAGCUCUUCGGGGUCUAUUUGACGGCGAGCUUCAGGUUUGUGAUGUUGACCUAGUGGAGGCUCUUCCACCUUAUUUUUCUGUCCAACGGAUCAUGGCGACUGCUGGUUCUUGA